AUGUAUCUGUCUGAUACACCUCUGUACACCCCUGCUCCCUGCCCCCAGCCCCCCAGCCUUGGGCUCCAGGCUGGGAACAGAGUGGGGGGUUACAAAGGAGACAACACCAAACCAGCUUGUGGCAAACCCUGGUGGCGGAAGAAUUUGGACGUGACCCGCCAUUGGCCCUGGGAGGUGAGCCUCCGAGUGGAAAAUGAGCACGUGUGUGGAGGGGCCCUCAUUGAUCUCGACUGGGUGGUGACUGCUGCCCACUGCAUCCAAGGCACAAAAGAGUAUUCAGUGAUUCUCGGCACCUCCAAGCUGAAGCCCACGGACUCCACAAGGGCCCUCUCGAUCCCUGUGAGGGACAUCAUUAUGCACCCCAAGUACUGGGGCCGGAACUUCAUCACGGGUGAUGUUGCCCUCCUCCAGCUUCACACUCCUGUCGUCGUCAGCAAGUACGUGCAGCCCAUCUGCCUCCCGGAGCCCAACUACAACCUAAAGGUUGGGACGCAGUGCUGGGUGACCGGCUGGGGCCAGGUUAAACAGCGCUUCUCAGCCAACUCCACGCUGACCCCAGAGUUGCGGGAGGCCGAGGUGUUUAUUAUGGACAACAAGAUGUGUGACCGGAUUUACCGCAAGAAGUCCCUCAUCCCCCGCGUUGUCCCGCUUGUCCUGGGGGACAUGAUCUGUGCCACCAAUUAUGGAGAAAACUUGUGCUAUGGGGACUCGGGGGGUCCACUGGCUUGUGAAGUCGAGGGCAGAUGGAUUCUUGCUGGGGUGUUGUCCUGGGAAAAGGCCUGCGCCCAAGUACGUAAUCCAGGCGUGUACACCCAUAUCACCAAAUACAGCAAAUGGAUCAAGAAGCAAAUAAGCAAUGGGGUUCUCUCAGUCCCCUGCACCUCCUCCUGGCUCCUACUCCUGUCCUGGCUGCUGCAGCCCCAGAUGGGCCCCUGAUCUCCCUUCUCCUUUCUUCUCUGUGCUUUGCCUUUGCCGAAUGGGGCCAGAUCAAGGUUAGACCAAGGUCAUGGGUCUGUAUUCAACAAGGGUCAAGGUGGGGAAAGAGUGACCCCUGGGAGACUGGGUCCUGUUUUGGCCUCCUAGUGGGGAGGGAUGUGGUAGAUGACUAGGCCUUGAGUGACCAGGAGAAGGGAA